GGCGGCGGCGGCGGUGCUGCAGGCGGCCGGGCAGUGGGGCUUAGGCUCGGCGGGCCGGCAGGGCGCGGGCGCCGCCGCCAUGAACGCGGCGGUGGUGAAGCGGACGCAGGAGGCGCUGGGGAAGGUGAUCCGGAGGCCGCCGCUGACGGAGAAGCUGCUGUGCAAGCCCCCGUUCCGCUACCUGCACGACAUCAUCACGGAGGUGAUUAGGAUGACUGGUUUCAUGAAAGGCCUCUACACGGACACUGAGAUGAAGUCUGAUAAUGUUAAGGAUAAAGAUGCAAAAAUUAGCUUCCUUCAGAAGGCCAUAGACGUGGUGGUCAUGGUUUCAGGAGAGCCACUGUCGGCAAAACCAGCCCGGAUCGUGGCCGGGCACGAGCCUGAGAGAACAAACGAGCUGCUGCAGAGAAUUGGGAAGUGCUGUCUCAACAAGCUCUCCAGUGACGAUGCGGUGAAGCGCGUGUUGGCUGGAGAGAAGGGGGAUACGAAGGGAAGAACCUCACUGAUGUCGAAAUCUCAAGAAUGGGACAAUAGGAAUGCGAGAGAGGAGCCCAGAGUGCAUCAAGAUAAAGAGGAUAGAAGAAACUCUGAAAUAAAUGAGAGAAGUACAAGCAGAGAUCGAAAACAGAAAGAAGAACUGAAAGAAGAAAGCAAGCCAAGAGGAAAGGAAAGGGACAAGGAGAAGACCAAGGAGAAUGACCGCGGUAGACAGAAAGAUCCCGAGAGAGACAAGUGCCGAGAAGGAGAGAGGGAGAAAACCAAGACCAGGACCAAACAAGAGAGAGACAGGGACAGGGACAGAGACAGGGACAGAGACAGAGACAGGGACAGAGACAGGGACAGAGGCAACAAAGACCGGGACAGAGAUGUGGAGCGCGAGAGAGAGAGGAAGAACGAGGGAGGAAAGGAGAAGGAGAGAUGGAAAGACCGGGAGAGAGAGCGCGAGCGAGACAAGGGCAGGGGCAGGGACAGGCGGAGGGUGAGAAAUGAGGAGCCUGCCAGGGACCCCGACAGGGAAGAGAGCAGAGAGCAUGAUAAACCGGAGAAAAAGUCAUCAAGCUCAAGGGAGGUGUCUAAAAAGUUGACAGAUGGAUCUUUUAAAGACUCCAAAGCUGAAACAGAGACUGACAUUUCUGCUAGAGUAUCCAGGACAGUGACCGCAAAGACAUCAAAACGGCGAUCCAAAAAUUCAGUGGAAGGAAGAAAGGAGGAUAAUAUUUCAGCUAAAAUUUUAGACCCCAUAGUGUCUAUAUUAAAUAAUGAACCAGAUCAGGAAACUACAACUUCAGAAAUAGGAACAAAAGAAGCUAAUACUAACUCAGCUAGUGUUUCAGAUGACAGUUCAGCUAGUCUGUGGCGUGACAACACUGAGCCGGAGCCCGCAGUGAAGCAGAAAGGCGACUCUCCUAGUGAUGCAGAAGGAGAAGUUGGACCUUCUGGCCAAGAUAAGUCUGAGGUGUCUGAGAAUUCCGAGAUCCCUACCGAGCUCUCGUCCAGUGUCAGAAGAAUACCUCGGCCUGGGAGUGCGAGACCAGCGCCUCCCCGGGUGAAGCGACAGGAGAGUGUAGAGGUGCUAGCCACAGACAGGACAGGGAGUGGUAAAACUGUCUCAAACGUGAUUAUAGACUCGCAGAAUUCUGACAAUGAAGACGACGAUCAGUUUGUGGUGGAGGCUGCCCCCCAGCUCUCUGAGAUGUCAGAGCUUGAAAUGGUACAAGCAGUGGAAGUUGAAGAGGAUGAGAAGCAUGGAGGACUUGUCAAAAAAAUUCUGGAGACCAAGAAAGAUUAUGAGAAGUUGCAGCAGCCACCCAAACCUGGAGAGAAGGAGAAACUGCUUGUCUUUGAGUCUGCAUGGAAGAAGGAGAAGGACAUCGUUUCCAAGGAGAUAGAGAAGCUUCGCACAUCCAUCCAGACCCUGUGCAAGAGUGCACUUCCCCUGGGGAAGAUCAUGGACUACAUCCAGGAGGACGUGGACGCCAUGCAGAAUGAGCUGCAGCUGUGGCACAGUGAGAACAAGCAGCACGCGGAGGCCCUGCAGAAGGAGCAGAGCAUCACAGACUGUGCCGUGGAGCCCUUAAAGGUGGAGCUGGGGGAGCUGGAGCAGCUGAUUCAAGAGCAGCAGGACAAGAUCUGUGCCGUGAAAGCCAACAUACUAAAGAACGAAGAGAAAAUUCAGAAAAUGGUGUACAGUAUCAAUGUGAGUUCCAGAAGGUGAAGGCUCAGAAGUUUGGGAGACUCAAGUCAUCCUCAGUUUGAAAACAGACAGGAAGAGAGAACAUCAUUGCUCUUGAAGUUUCAGUUUGAAGAAAAUGAACAGUUUACAACAUUAUCCAACUAAUGUUCAGAGCUUUAAAACUUGAGGCAUAUUCAGUGUGUUAAGACCAUGUUUUCUUACCUUCUUCCAGCUAAAAUGCUUGCUAGUUAUAAAUAGCUCUUGAAAACACCUGUGUGAGAACUUUCUUUGGAAGCCUGUUCUUUGUGUUUCUGCAGUAGCCUGCUUUGUUUAGUUCUGUACGGCAUUCUCCAGCAGGUGAGUGCUGUCGGCUCUCCGGGAUCACAGGAGUCCUUGAUUUCAGUCUUGAAGUCCAGUGGCAGGACUUGCCUGAGUCAAGCACUGAGUGAAGGAUGACUGUACUUUUGAUAGGCACUUGAUAAAUAGAAUGAGGCCUGAAAAUGAACGACUUCUAUUUUUAGCUUGUUUCCACUUGAAAAGGGUUAAUUUAGCCCAUAUCUGUAUAAGGUACAUGUGAACUUUUUUUUAACCUCUUUGUAAUUGCAUAUAUUUCUUUAUGUAAUUUUCCUAUUUGUCCCUAUUAUCUUUUGCUUGUGUUUUAGCCCUUAGAAAUUUGUAAAUUGAAAAAGGAGGUUUCCACAUGGCCUUCAUGCGCGUUGUCUGGAUGUGAGAUUGUCACGGGCUGCAUCCUCCCUUUCUUCAGCAGUUUGUCCCUGGGUUUCCGCACGUGGAUGCUCGUGUGGCUCCGAGGGGUCCUUGUCCUCUUUAAGAAGAGGCGCGUGCUCUCCAAGGCGCUGGCAUCAUUCCGUUCCCUUCACGUAGGUGUAUGCACCUACACACCUGAGAGACAGGUAGCUUAGGGGAAACUGCAAAAGGAAGACUUACGAGAGUGCACUGAUAUGCAAAAUUUUUUGAUGUUACCAUUUUUUUGGAAAUUGUUUUUUAAAAGCAAAUGUUUUUUUAAAACAUUGUUUAUAUUUAGUUUUUCACUUACAUGUAAUAUUGUAAAUACUUACUGAAGUCUUCAGUUUGUGUAUAAAGGUUUUCACUGUUUGGAGACAUACUUACGGGUCUUAAGGUCUGGGUUCUGAUACUUUUAUUUCUAGAUGUUGAUUUAUUAUGUAAACCAAGGAGUGCCAUUUUAAGUGUUAGAAUUGCCUGAGAAAGUUUUGUUUCUUUAAAGGAUUAGCACAGAUGGCACAGUUAAGUUUUUCUUAGUGUAAUUUCCAAAAUAAAUUCUUUACUAAGGUAGUUAGAUGAUUUUCUAAGCUAAAUAAGUUCGAGAUCAGAUUAUUAAGAUCUGCCAUUUUGAAACAUUGGUCUUUUUCUCCUUUCUAUAGUGCACCAUAAAAUUCUGUGUGAUCGGAUUUUACUAACUACAUUAUUGGAAGAGAAGAGGCAUAUUAGUUCACCAGUCCGUCAUAUAGUUAUCAUCUCUUUUCUACUGAAUUGAAUGGCUUAGCCACAACCCUAAAUGGACCCUGUUUUGCUUCAAGUUAAGAUGUCUGCCUUUUAUGAAUUUGUAUAUAUGACUAGAAUUUUUCUCACAAAAGUUUGCAUACAUUGUAUGUGAGUAAAAUUUUGUAUGAAGUAGUCUAUCAAAUUGUAUCAUAAAAUUUAUUUUUCUUUUAUACAUAAAUCAUUAAAAAUAAUCACAUAUUUUUUCUAUAA